AAGCAGCAAAUAGAAUGUUCGUGAGAACGGGUUUUUUUCCUUUGCUCGUGACUGGAUUUCUUUCGAGCCUUUUUCUUGCCACAUACGUGAUUUUUAAGGAGACGAAAAUUUCGUCACCUGGGAGACGCAUGGUGCAGAUACUGGAGACGGUGACGCUCACAGAAAAUGUGGAAACUCCUUCACUUUCCUAUGCAGAAAAGCUUUUUAAAGCUUACGAUGAAGUGGAGACCUUUGUGAUGUUCAUUGGGUAUCCUCGCAGCAGCCAUAGUUUAGUCGGCGCCAUAUUGGAUGCUCACCCAGAAAUUAUCAUUCCGCACGAGUUUAAUCUGUUGCAGAUGUGGAGUAGAUACAAUUUGCCAACAUUCAGAAGGAAAAACCUGCUAAGAUAUAAGUUAUUUUUUGAUCUUCACCGGACUUCUAUGGAGCAAGCUAUGUUUGGGAUACGAGCAAGCCAAAAUAGAACAGUUCUUAACGGGGAAUUCACAUACUUAUACAACGUUCCAAAGUUAUGGCAAGGAGGAUAUAAAAACAGAAUAAAAGUGAUAGGAGACAAAAAAGGGGGCAAAACUUCAGAGCUUUUAAGUCAUGACCCAAGCAGAAUGAAGCAGUUAGAAGGAAUUGCUAAACUGGUGGGGGUGCCUAUGAAAUUUAUACACAUUGUCAGAAACCCAUUUGAUAACAUCGCUACCAUGGUGCUUCGCAGGCUAGGAGAACGAAAUAAUGUUAGAGAAGAAGGAGUAAAAGUGAACGGAUCACACAUUUUGGAGAACUGGAUCGGAGCCUAUUUCAAGCUUGUCGAGGCUAACCAGCGCGUCAGAGAACGGUUUGGGGAUGCAGUUAUUGAUAUUCCAGGACACGAAACAGUACUCAGACCGAAAGAAACACUACAAAAACUAUGUGACCAUUUAGGUGUGACAUGUUCCGUGCACUAUGUAGAAAAAUGCAGUAGGAUCUUGUAUGGGACUCCUUCUGUCACGAGAGAUAAAAUUGUUUGGACUAAAGAACAAAAACAGCGAGUCACCGAGCUGAUGAAAAAAUAUUCGUUUCUGAAAGACUUUUCGUUUGAUGAUUACCUCACAGCUAGCAGCGGCUAGCUCAAUUUUCAUUUCAGCGUUUUAAAUCAAAAUUUAUUGGGUUUGCUUUUCGACCCCCUACGAUGUUUCUAGAAAAAUGUAUUACUAAUCAGCCAGGUGUAGUCGUUUUACAAUCAAGAUAACCAAUCAGAUUUAUUUAUUUAUUUAUUCAUCGCCCUGCCUAAGGCACUGUAGGCUUUCCCAGUCCUUCCAUUCUCUUACAUUGCUGCUUGAACCUUAACUGCCAGCUAGUUGCUAAGCAUUUUUUGGUCACGUUUUUGGCUGACCUUUAGCUGAGGAUGUACGUCUAUUUUGUGGUAAUUACGCAAAAAUUCAACUUGUAGGAGAAACAGUUGGAGAUUUAUUAAG